AUGCAAAAAUAUAUAUCAAUAAUCUCUAAGACUCAAAAAGAAGAUGAUGAUUUACAAAAUUCCAUAAAUGAGGCAUAAUAGAUCGUUUAGAUAAUCGUAAUUUUCUAAUCCAUAGAGAAAUCGCCUUAAAGAAAUGAAGAGGGUGAAUAAUAUGAUAUGUUGUAAACUUCAAAGUUUUGGAUUAGUUAGGGAAACAGUAUUAAAAGACUGUUUGGCUUAUAGUAGUAAAAUCAAUGCUACACAAAAUAAACAUUGCCCUCUAAAUUUUGA